CUGAUAGUAUUUCAGAGUAACGCUUGACUCCGGGCACAGAGCGCGUGGGCCCGCUCUACUUUCUGUUCUGUGUUUACUUCGCAUUUUACACUCGGUUAUAUUUUUAUUAAAAAAUUUUAUAUUGUUUAUUGCCUUUAGUUAAAUAAUUUGUUCAAGCUUGAUAAGUCUUAGUUGUAAAUCUAGUAUUUAAUAAUAAGAUUAAUCAAGCGAGAUUCUUGAACAAAUCUUAUCGCAAACUGGAUAUAAGAAUAAGAAAAGUCAUUGGAAAUAUAUCCAGACAAUCGCGCGCUCUGAAGAAAUUCAAAUCGAUAGUGUCGUGGCAACGAUGUUGUCCUGACCUGACAGGCCAGGAAGAAUUGUGUACAUUACGAGAAAAAAACUGGUUUUUUCCAUCAAAGAAAAGCCAGAUUAGCUAAAAAAAACCCGAGAGUUAAGCAAAAAGACUGUUAGAAAAAAAUAGAAUAAUUUAUCUAAAACGAGAAAACGUGAGUGUUUGGUGCGAAGAGUUCACAAUUCGUUUAUUUUUAUCGGAUUGUUCAAAAACGAUUAAAAGAAGACGAUGGAGAACCAGAGAACAGAAAGAAGAAAAGAAGCAAGUUGGCGACAUAGUUUUUAUAUAGUAGUUUUAAUAACUCUAAUGUGUAUUAAAACUCAAGAGGCAGCUCCAUCAAUGUCUGACACUGCUGCAAUGAGAUACUUGUCUCAAUAUGGAUAUUUACCUCCAGUAAAUCCUACAAGUAGUGGAUUGAUCGAUGAAACUAAAAUGCAUCAAGCAAUCGCAGACUUCCAAUCAUUUGCUGGGUUAAAUAUCACAGGUACUUUAGAUAAUGACACCAUAUCUAUGAUGCAGUUACGGAGGUGUGGAGUCAAGGACAAAGUGGGACCGAGUUCAGAUGGAAGAUCGAAACGUUAUGCACUUCAAGGUUCUAGAUGGAGGGUGAAAAAACUCACUUACAAGAUCAGCAAAUAUCCAAGAGCUUUAGAUAAAGCUUCUGUUGAUAAAGACAUCGCUCGUGCUUUCGGAGUUUGGUCUGAAUAUACAGAUUUGACAUUCACCCAAAAGAAGUCCGGUCAAGUGCAUAUUGACAUCAGAUUCGAGCGUGGAGAGCAUGGAGAUGGUGAUCCUUUCGAUGGACCAGGUGGGACUCUAGCUCACGCAUAUUUUCCAGUUUAUGGUGGAGAUGCCCAUUUUGAUGAUGCUGAAAGAUGGACUGUUAAUAGUUACCGAGGGACCAACCUUUUUCAAGUGGCAGCUCAUGAGUUUGGACAUUCUCUUGGGCUUAGUCACAGUGAUAUUAAAGCAGCUCUCAUGGCUCCAUUCUAUAGAGGAUAUGAACCUAAUUUUGUUUUAGACAAUGACGAUAUUUAUGGUAUUCAGGCUCUUUAUGGAACAAAAUCAACUAACGGAGGCAAUGUUUAUCGUUCGUCAACAACACCGACAGGAGAAGAAGAUGCACAACUUUGUACAGAUCCAAAAGUAGACACAAUGUUUAACUCAGCUGAGGGUCAAAUCUAUGUAUUUAAAGGCGAUUACUACUGGAGACUAACGGACGAUGGUGUUGCCAGUGGGUAUCCUAAGCUCAUUGGUUCAUCUUGGAAAGGAUUACCCGGUAACAUUGAUGCUGCUUUCACUUAUAAAAAUGGAAAAACGUAUUUCUUCAAGGGAUCCAAAUACUGGAGGUUCGUUGGCAAAAGGAUGGACGGUGAUUACCCUAAAGAAAUUAGCGAAGGUUUUACCGGAAUUCCAGACAAUAUAGAUGCGGUAACAGUUUGGACUGGUAAUGGAAAAAUUUAUUUCUACAAAGGAACCAAGUUCUGGAGAUUCGAUCCAGCUCAGAGACCUCCAGUAAAGAGCACUUAUCCAAAGCUUAUCUCGAACUGGGAAGGUCUUCCUGAUAAUUUAGACGCAGCUAUUACAUAUAAUAGAUAUACGUUUUUCUUCAAGGACAACGCAUAUUAUCGGUUUAAUGACCGAACAUUCUCCGUCGAUGUCGCAGAUCCAGCGUUUCCAAGGGCAACUGCCUACUGGUGGUUCGGCUGUAGAUCAGCAAGCCGAGGGACACUAGGUAAUGUCGCUUGGAGUAAUAAUUAUGCAGACAGUUCCUUGUCUGGAAACUUGGAGAAGGUUGACGGUGAUCACUUAGGCACUGAUAAUGAUCAAGACGAUGUUGGUGACAUCAUUUUUGAUGCAGGAGAUACUGAUGAACUUGUCACCACGGCAAAUAAAGAGAAUGGAGCUUCAUCAAUCGUUAACUCAAGGAAUCAACAAGUCUUGAGGCUAUCAGUCAUUACUGCAAUUUUAAGUUUUAGUAUAAGGUUUAUUUUAAAUACGUAAAGAUAUUAUUAAAUUUUAUUAUUAAAUUUGCUUUAAAAAGUUGACUUGUUGUCUAGGGUUUGAAUGAACGGAGCAUAGUGAAGAUUAAAAUGGAUGAAAGAUAGAUGUUCGUACAGAGAAUGAAAAGUGAAUGUGAAAGCAAAUUCAAUUAAUUUUCUUAUUAAUGAUAAAGGCUAUUCUCUUCAAUUGUAAAUGAUUGUUAAAUUAAUUUUGUUGUAUUACGGUAAUAUUAAUGUUAAGGUAGUAAUUAAUAUCAAGAAACCUAUAAAACCCGUCUUUCUAUAGAAAAAAUCAAAAAUUUAUUUAUGAAUUUAAAAAAUUAUUUUUACAGUGAGGAAUUUUCAUACUUUUUGAAAUUGUUUUUUUACUUUUCUUAACUGUGAAAUACUUUUCAUUUUACAUCAACAGAAAAAGAAAAUUUCAGAACUUCGAGCCUGUCACUGCCGACGAAUAUGAAGUUCGAACAUCAAUGAUGUUAAUAAUAAACAUUAACUUCGUAAAUCAAUAAAUGAGACGGGUUUCAAAGAUACAAUCAUUAAAAUAAGUAAUUGAUGAAAAGUAUCAUUAAAAAAUCUAUAUAAAAUACCAGUGUUUGUAGAAUAUUUUUGUAAUUCGAGUAAAUAAGAAUUAUCAGAAAAUUCAAUUAGGAUUGGUGAAAACUAUUACGUAAACUAGAAAAUUACUGCUUGUGUUCGACUGUUUAUUUUGCAUCUAAUCAUUAUAAUGAAAAAAAUUCAAGGAUACUAUUUUUUUAUAUAAUAACUCUUGAGUUGAAAUUUUUUUUCAUGCUAGUAUUUAUCCUGAAGUAUUAACUGUUUUAUCUUUGUAAUUAUCAUUUAAUUAUUUUCUAUAUUAUUAGAAUAUCAUGCAAUGAUUUUUAUUGAAAAAUACAUUUUUUUGAAUGAAAAUAUUUUAUUAAUAUAAUUUCAUCAGAUUAUUAAAUCAUUUUAAAUUACUUCAAGUUUGGAAAGUUAUUCAAAACUUAUAACAAUAAAAAAAAAAAUUUUAAAUGAAUUAAUAAAUUUUCAAUAACAUUGCAUUAAUCUAAUAAUAUGAAUUCGAAAUUGUAAACUAUCAAUAAUUGACAGGUACUUAAUAAUUGUACUAUAUUUCGAAUAUUAGAAAAAUUAAGAAUUUUUGAAAUGCCUUACAUAUAAAAAUGCGAUGUGAUUACUGUUUACGAUUUUUAUUUACAAGAUUUGUUUUAAAAAAUUAACAAAAAAAAACAAAAACUGUGCCUUAUGAAUCAUAAAAUGAUAAGAUAUACCUAUUAAUUGGAAUUUUAGAUUUACUUUUUAAUGGAACUUGCCAAUCUGUGGUAAAUACGUUCCCGACUAUUUAUAUACUGACAUGCAUUGUAAUAUAUUCCCAUAUAGUCACUUAAUUACAUAUCAAUAAAUUUACUUGCAUUUUAAA